UCCGUCUCCCUCCUCCAUGUUGUGCAUCAGCGAGACUGCCUGCUAAACGAGCCACCUGUCGAAAAUCUGGCUGAGUUAUUCACUGGGAGGGAUGCUGAGAUGUCUGAGAGCAACAUAACAGUACUAAUGACUCUACCUGAGAAUUGCAGCCUGGAGAAUUACAAGAAGCCAAGACAUCUCUACUGUUGGAACGGAGGCUACUUCCUGCGAAUACUUCCCAGUGGCGCCAUUGAUGGUUUCAGAGAAAGGAAUGACAAAUAUGUUCAGCUUCAAGUUACUGCAGAAGGUUUUGGGAUGGUGUCCAUCAAAGGGACAGAAUCAGGAAGAUUCCUUGCAAUGGGUGCAGACGGGCAUUUGUAUGGAUCGAGGACUGCAACAGACGAAUGUGUCUUCUUGGAAACUUUAGAAGAGAAUCACUACAAUACUUACAAAUCCCACAAGUACCAGGACAAGAACUGGUAUGUCGGCAUCAAGAAAAAUGGAAGUUGCAAAACUGGGCCAAAAACUCACAUUGGACAAAAGAGCAUUCUCUUCCUCCCUCUGUCCAUUGACAGUUGAAGGCAACACUUUCUUCUGCUGACUGUACAAACCUCAGCAAUGAAUGAAUAUCAGGUGGAAAAGAGCUGAACACGAUUCAUGAAAAAGAAAACACAGCAGAGGGCACCUGGGACCUUUCUGACAAACUAGCUGUUCACUGCCACAUAUUUCCACUUUCAUUACUGAUAUACAAAAAUGCAGAUCUAAUAUUUUUUCUGUACCAAGACAUAGAAUUUUAAUAAACUUGAAAUCAUUUUCUCUUCACAAA